AUGAAGAACAAAGCUCAUGAAUUGGCUGUUUUAUGUCAAGUUGAUUUAGCAGUUAUAAUAUUGGGUAAUAAUAAUUCAAAAUUUUAUGAAUAUAGUUCAGUAAAUUCAAAUGAAUUAAUAAAUAAAUUUCAAGAUAAGAGAUUUGUACAUGAAAUAAAAGCACCUAGUGAUUAUGGUGAUUAUGAAACAAAAUCAAGAGUAAGAGGUAAUAAAGUCUCUCAUACAAGAAAUACUUCAACAAAUUCAUUUUCAAUGUCUAUAGAUGAAGACGAUGAGAGUGAAGGAGAAGGUGAAAAUGAUGAAGAUGAAGAUGAUGAAGACGAAGAAGAAGAAGAAUCAAAACCUGCACCAAAACGUCGUAAGAAAGAUAACAAAAAAUCCACAAAGAUUACAAAACAAGAUAAUGGACCAGUAUCACAACCUGGAUCACAACAAAUACCUCAUGCGCAACCACAAAGUUUAUUACCACCGCCAAAUGUUGGUGCUAUAACGUCUCAACAAGAUCAACAGCAACAGCAGCAAAUGCCACAACAAGGGCAAGUUCCUUAUCAAUUUUAUCCGCCUCAAUAUUUCCCAAAUGCACAACAACAUCCCCAAGGGACACCUCCAAUGAUACAAGGUACACCACCAAUGAUGCAAGGUUUUUAUACCCAGGAAGGAUUUCAAAGCCUGCCAAUUCAACAACAACAACAGAUUCAACAACAAUUUGCAAGAGGUCAAUAUCCACAACAAUUCCCAUUCCCACCUCAACAAUUCCCAUUCCAAGUUCAAGAUCAAUAUUCACAACAUCCUCAACAACAACAGCAACAGCAACCACCACUACCACAACAACAACAACAGCAGCAACAACAAGUACCACCACCUCCACCAUUUGUGAAACCAGAUGGAACAACAUCAGGCUCAUCAACAUCUUCAACUCCAAUAAUACCGAAUUCUAAGCCUGCAUCUAUGAAUUCACCAUUCACAACAUCAUCAACAAGAGCAAGAUCAUUAAAUAAUAAUAUAAAUUCAAGACCAAUACUUCGAGUUAAGAUUCCAUUAGGAGAAAAUGAUAAAAAUAAUCGAGAUGUUAAAAAUGGUGAUAGUGCUAAAACUGUUACAGCUAUUGAAACUUCCAAAAAUGACACUCGUGUACCUAUAGAGAGAAAUAAUACAAAUGAUGAUCAAAAAGAUAGUUCAGAUGGAAAAGAAUCAAGUUCAAAUGUUGAAGAGAAAACUCCAACAACUGGAGAAUCUAAGAAUGAUGAAAAUUAUAGACCUGGUUUAGGUAUAUUGAGUAAUAAAUCAACUCCAAUAAGUGCAACAUUACCAUCUGGUUUAUUUUCUUUACCUCCACCAAAUCCAAAUCCUCAAUAUCAAAAUCAUUUCAAUAAUAAUAGUUCUAAUCUAAAUAAUAACGGUAAUAAUAAUGGAACAGGAGGUGGUGGAGGAGGUAAUUUCAAACCUCCAUUAAAGAUAAAUACAGGUGAACAAACGCCAUUAACUGGUGGAUUACCAUCAAGAUAUGUACCAGAUUUAUUCCCAUCCCCAUCAAAUUUUUAUUCAAAUGAAUGGAAUAUUCCAUUUGGUUCAGGUAAUACACCAUAUCCAAAUUCUGCAUUACCACAAGGUGGUUCAAAUCAAUUACCAAAUAUUAAUAAUGUUGGUAAUAAUAAAUUUAAUAAACAUUCAAAUUUAACAAAUCAAGAUUUUAAUGGACCUCAAAGUCCUUUACAAAAUACUCCAUUAAGAGAUUAUUUUAAGAAGAAAAAAGAUGGAGAUGAUGAUGAUAAAGAUUUUUCAAGUAAAAAAAUUAAGUUUGGUAAACCAGAAUGA